CUGUGGCGAAGCCUUUGUUGUCAGUCGCUGUAAACUAAAGAAGAAGAUAAAUUUCCCAGCGUGCACUGCUGCUGCGUCCUAUGUUACCAAACUGAAGCGACUGUACCAGGGCCUGCAUGUGAGUGAAGCAGACGUCGAUACUGUGUGGCCUUCAGCCUCGCAAGGAUGAGCACUUUGCGGUCUUUGAUGAGCGCCUUUGCGCUGGCCGGUAUGGCGGGGCUCGGCUAUGCGACUUGGUCUUUGAUAUCUCCAGGAGAAGAGAGGCGGAAGGAGCUCCUUAAGAACCUGCCCGAAGCGAACCCAGUGAGAAUGGAAGAGUCGAGGAAGAGGAACGCUCUGGUGAUGCAGGCGAUCAAGGAGGCGGCUGAAACCGAUGAGAAUAUUGCAAGAAGAUUUUAAUCGACAGGCCCAGCUCUGUGAGCUGUCUGCAGAGUCUUCAUGUGUUGAACACAGCUGACAUGCUGGAACACAAAUUUGGACACAAUUGUGUUCCAGCAUGUCAGCUAGAACACAAUAAAGUUGGACAUUAUUUUGUUUUACAGGAAGCUUGUUGUUUUGUCUGUCUUGUGCAUCUAUAAUGUAUGUAACAAAAACGUAGAAGUUGAUGUUAAAAUUGUUCAUUAAAACUCGCCUGAGCUCCACUGUCA